AUGUUACGCUUAGAGUUAACCAGUAUUUCCCAAUAUUCGUACGAUCUUAAAAGGAAACCAUUAAGAAAAACAAGGAGUGACGAGACAAAGCAGGGAGGAUAUGUGCCAUCUGACGGCUCAGAAAACUUUCGAGUCAAAGUAUUUAAUGUGAUUCUGGAUGUUUUAUAUGCAGAGCUAAAACGGCGAAGCGAGACUUACACUGUCCUUUGGGAAAAAAUUUAUUUUCUAGAAAACUUGUUAGACCUCGAUGGACGUACAAUUACAAAAUUUGCUGACAAACUUGUGGAACUUUAUGCGGAAGAUUUAGAGUCUGUUUUGGCAGACGAGUGCAUGCACUUAAAGGAGCAUUUAAAGAUUUCAAAUUACAAAGGUACAUCAGCCUCCGAACUCAACGCUUUUCUUCAUAAGAAAGAUUUAGGGGAUGUUUACCCAAAUGUGAACAUUACUGUACGAAUAUUACUUAGUAUUCCAGUGACUAACUGUUCAGGAGAAAGAUCGUUAUCAGUGCUGAAACGCGUUAAAAAUUGUUUACGUUCCACUACUCGCGAUGAAAGGUUAAGUCCUCUAGUGCUCCUCGCGAUUGAAAAAAGUAUUACAAAAAACUUGGAUUGUGAAAAUAUAAUAAAUGUGUUUGCCGAAAAGAAGACAAGGAAGAAAGUGUUCUAG